GUCGUAGCCAUUUUGAGUGCUCGACGGUGAAGAAGAACCAAGUUGGAGAGGUGGGAAACGCUCAAGCGUGUUAUGAUGUUUAGUUUGUGUCCAUUCUCCUGAUGCAGCUGUUACAGUAGAUGAUAUUAGCUACUGUUCUUUGAAGCAUUAUUCCAAACUAUAGCUAGCUAUUUUCUAACUUUCCAACCAAAAUCUUGAAAACAAGCAAGCUGACGCUAGCUAACUGUUAGCUAGCUAACGUUAGCCAGUUGCAUUUCGUCACCGAGCCCGGGGAAUUUGGAAAACACUGACUGAAGAAGCAGACAGUCAGGCUCCAGGCGUAGGAACUACAGGGUGAGAGAUGUGGGACCAGGGUGGACAGCCCUGGCCGCAAUGGCCUAUGAACCAGCAACAGUGGAUGCAGUCCUUCCAGCACCAACAAGAUCCAGGCCAAGUGGACUGGGCAGCACUGGCCCAGGCCUGGAUUGCUCAGAAAGAGUCUACAGGCCCUACAGUAGAUCAGCAGAACCUUCAUCCUAAUGGACAGGACAUACCUGGCAUGGAUCCUGUGGUGCCCAAUAACCAUGGCUCCUUCCAGGGCGACUCCAAUUUUGGCAGAAUGUGGCAACCUGAAUGGGGGAUGCACGGUCAGCCCCCUCCUCCUCCCAUAGACCAGGCGUGGAUCCCCCCAGGAACAGGACCUAUGGGGACUGGACCUAUGGAUGUGGUGGCUCCCUCUGAGGACAGCAACAGCCAGGACAGUCUGGAGUUCUCUGAAGGCCACCAUAGGGUCUACCCCCAGAACAGCCACGGCUUUGGGGGUCAGCCCGACAACUACGCCAUGAACCCAAUGGCCAUGAACCAGUUUGAUUAUCAGCACGGGGCGGCUGCCACCUACGGCCCCACUCCCACAGGGUUCCACCCUCCAUAUUGGCAGCAGGGCCCCCCACAGAACAGACGGGACAGGCCCCCAGGCUUUAGGGACCGCCAGAGAUCCCCCAUCCAGAUCCCCAAACAAGACGCUCCUGCUGCUGCCGCCCUCGGUGAGCAUCUUCACCAACACCUCGCUUUCCCAGGCACGCAGGAAAACAGACACACACACACAGCAUCCAAUGACCUGGCUCUCCUCUCAGAUGCGAUGAAGAGGCGCACCCUGCCGGCCUGGAUCCGAGAGGGCCUGGAGAAGAUGGACAGGGAGAAACAGAAGAAGCUGGAGAAGGAGCGCAUGGAGAAACAGCGUGCCGAAAUGGCUAAAGAUGAAGACAAAGAGAGCGACGCGGUGGACGAGGGAGGCGAUGGGCCUCGUUUACCCCGCAAGAGUAAAUUUGACAGUGAUGAUGAAGAGGUUGAUGAAGAUGAGAGGGAAGAUGAGGACCGGGUCCUGACCAGGAAGCAGGAGCAGGCCAGCAGGAGCCCGUCCCCUCCCCCGGAGGACCAGAGCGAACCAGAGAUGACGGAGGAGGAGAGAGAGUUCCAGCUGAUGAUUGUGACUAAAACUCUGCUGACGGAAAUCCUACUGGAGGUCACCAACGAAGAGAUCCAAACUGUGGCCAAAGAGACGCACCGCAAAGCCACCAAAGCUCCUGCCAAACAGCUGGCACAGUCAAGUGCACUGACUUCUCUGAUCGGCAUCGGUGGACUUGGCGACUAUGGCUCGGACUUGAGUGAGGAGGAGCACAGCGCCCGGGCGUCCGAGUCCUCUGACACGGACGAGGAGGAGCUGCACCACCGCAUCCGGGAGAAGAUAGACGCCUUCCGACGCAAGGAGAAGGAGCUGCAGGAGAGACAAGCGCAGGAGGCGCAGCACGCACGUGAAGAGAUGGUGCUGGACAGAGUGAGCAGAGAGAGGGGGGAUUAUGACGAGGGCCAGUUAGAGAGCCUCCAUAAACAGGAAGUGAGAGAGAGGGAGGCGGAACCCACAGCAGAGAGACGCAGGUCCCGCAGUGAGCCUGAGGUUAGCAGCGAGGUCAGGCAGGCGGGCCGGGGUAAGGAGCGCAGCGGAGGGCGGGGCACCAGCGGUUCCCCCAGCAACGGACGCAGCUCCAGCUCCAGCUCCAGCAGCGCCAGCAGCCGAUCGUCUUCCUUCUCCUCGUCAUCCUCUGCCUCCUCACGCUCCUCUUCGCGCUCCUCCUCGCCCCGGAGGAAGAGGAGGCGCAGCCGCUCCUCCUCGCACAGGGCCCGCGGUGGCGGCCGGCGCAGCCACAGUCGCAGCUCCCACAGACGCCACGGGGAGCGCAGCGACGACAAGGCCCGGGAGAGGAGGAAGGGCAGCCGGAACCACAGCACAGAGCGCUCGGCCCGCCACCGGAACCGCAGCCACUCUCGAGAGCGAAGGGUCAGCAGGGGAGGCAAGAGCAGGUCCAAGGACAGGGCCAGCCGCAGCAAGAGCAGGGACAAGGAGAGGAACAGAGACAGGAAGAUGAGCAGGGAGCGCAGGGAUAGUCACAGCCGCAGCAGCAAGCACAAGCAGAAAGCCUCCAGCAAGGAUAGGGACAGGAAGAAAGACCGGAGUGGCAGCCACGACAAGAAGGAGAAAGAGAAGAAGGAGAAGGAGAAAGAGUUAGAUAGGAAGAAAGAGAAGCAGAAAGCCAAAGAGAAAGAGCGGGAAAAGGAGAAAGGGAAGGAAAAGGAGAGGGGGAAGGAGAAAGCGAGGGAUAGGGAGGUGAGCGCUGUGGUGGCGGAGGAGAGUAACGGCAAAUCCAAGAAAAGAAAAGAGAGCAGCGAUCACACAGACCCUCAGGGUGACAAGCACUCCCGUCAGGAUAGCAGGGCAAGCAAGAAGGGCUCUGCCAAAUCUAGCAAGAGGUACUCUGACUCAGAGUCGAGCAGGUCCCCCACCCCCGAGGUUAGCAAGGAAAAGAAGUCUAAGAAAUCCAAACGUAGUCGCUCAAGAUCAACGGAAAAAUCUCACAAGUCUGGUAAGAAGGCAAGCCGCAAAAACAAGUCUAAGUCACGAUCAAGGUCCACGUCUCCCGCCAGGCGCUGGCGUUGAGGAGCACAGGGCUCCCUAAUCUGUGCACUUACUUUUAAAUUCCAUGAGUUUAACAGGCUUGUCUCAUUAUAGAGGCAACGGUGUAGGUGAACUCUCCACUCCCCCCUUCCCCCAAUCCUCUAUCUUUGUAAAUAUGUUAUUUUUAAGUGCAAGUCGGCAAACAGGACAUUUUGAAUGCUAGGUUUUUGCCUUGUAUCAUGCAAAGCUCUGAGGUUUUGUAGUCAGUAGAAUCUUGGAAAGAUGUCAUUUUAAAAAGCUAAACAGGAUAAACUUAUUCAUGUAAAUUGUCCAAUAAAACUGAAAUGAUCCCUU